UUCACCAGAUAAGACAAGGCAACACUGUAUUGAGGUUGCAAGGACCGACCUGCUCAGGCGCACACUCGCAUGACUCGCACAGCACAACAAGACUGAACAAGACCCGCAUGGCGAAUUUUUUCAUUUGACGUUUUCCACUUUGCCUGCCUCACGGUUUCAAGUUUUUCAGUUAUUUGAUUAAGCCAGAGUGGACUGGUGACUGGUCAAAAAGAUUAACAUCCUUGAACUCUAAGGCUUUUACAGGAGCAGCAAGUAUUGGUUUUGCCCGUUGACAGAAACUAGGACUUGGACGCUUGAGAGCAUCACAAAACUUAAUCGCGUUGAUUUAAGGAUUGCGUCAACAAUUUAGCCCCACUUCUUAGCCAUCUAACACUGAAAAAAAGGUAAACAAAAGACGCUUUCGGCAGAGAAAAAGAGCAACAACUUACGUUUUUGUAGAGCUAUUGCGAGGCGAAAGGCAAAUCAACAAAGAAUCUCUAGCCAUAUUUCAUCUGGACGGAUGUCUGUAAACAAAAGCAGUCAGAAUUGAUCUGGAAACCAAAUAAAACCAGAAGCAGGAAAUGGACGAUCAAGCAAUUGAGAACAUCAUUGUGAAAAAGGAGCCAAACACUGAUGAAAGUGACCUGAAAUCCGGAGGAGGCGACUUCGGUGUCUCUCCUCGCUACAUUUGCUACUUCUGUGGCACCAAGAAGAAUGUAACAAAUGGCCGGAAUGCAUAUGUCUUCUACACCUCUCGCUUCAACAAGCUGACUGAUCACGUGGAAAAGGUUCAUCCCAACAAGGAUUUCCGUUAUUACCGCACAGUGUCCAUCAAGUGCUUCCAAUGCAAAAUAUCCUUCUCCUUAAAAGACUUUCGCAUGCACAUGCUGGUGAAGCACAAGGGUUUGUACUCGGCCCUUGUGCCCAUCAGCAUUUGCGAUAGUUGCCAUGACCACAGCAACGACCAUCAGCAGAUGAUCCAUCACGUUGUGGAUGUUCACCAAAUAUCCAGGCUGGUGGCGGAAGAGAGAAUCAUAUCCAUGGUCAUUUGCCUCCUGUGUGGCAUGCGGUACAAGCACGGAGACCCUUCCAUGGAACAACACUUGUGCCGGAGUCUGGAAAAUCUGAAGAUGGAAAAUGAGCUGUUCCCGUUAAUAAAUGACGGAGAUAGGGGCAUAGUACUGCCACUCGUCGGCUCUGAGCUGAUAGAUCUAGAAACUGAUGACACCAAAACAAGCAAGGAAAAAGAAGCCACUGAAUCUAACAAACCCACUAAUUCCUCAUCUAAAGAUGUCCUUUCCAAGAAAUCAGUUUCUACAAAUGUGCUGAAACCAAGUAGCAAGACAUCCUUGGGAAAAUCUCUGCUGGAAGCUGAUACAUCGUCAGUGCAUGGUGAUGCUGAUGAAGCAGGCCCUCCUGAGCUAAAUGAACCCGAAGAGGUUGAGACUUCUAAAAGGACCUUCUCUUGCUUCUUUGAAAAUUGUGACAGCGUCUUCAACGAGGAGAGUGAGAUGAAAGAGCACUUAGAGGAACACUUGCCCAAAAUUUGCCACUAUUGCUUGACUGAAUUCCCUGGACCAAAUGCUGAGCUUAUCCACAAAUAUUGGUACACUGAUCACAAAAUUGGUGUCGACGAGGAGACUCUGCAGGCAGCAAUGAUAAAAGUAACCUUAGAGGUGGAGGAUAAGGAAUCUGAAAAUGAAGAGGAGCAAAUAAUCAUAAGGAAACGCCGCAGCACUGGCACCAAGAAACAGACGAAGACAAAGAAAAAACCUGGUAAGGAAGGGGUGUUGGCAGAAACGGUGCUAGUCAAUUUCGACGAUGGCACCCAAAUGUCAUUCUCGUCUGAAGCAAUUUCGAACGUCUUUUCCAAUUUCAGCUUGAGGCUGCGACGGUGCAAUGAGGAAGGAAUUUGACUAUGGGGCAACACCAAACCUCCAUUCUAGUGCCAUUUUUUUAAACCGAAUAUACCUCUAAAAGCAGCUCCAAAGCUGCUCAUAUAAUUUUGUAAAACGUUCCUGAUGCUGACGAUACUAAUCAAUUCUCAAAAAAAUUAUUGGUUGUGUUGAUUUAAACCGUGGGUAGUGUGCCCUGCGGUUCACAAAUUUAUUCAUUUCGAUUAUUAUUCCAUGGAAAUAUUCUGUAAUUUUUAAAAGUGCCUACAUUUUGUCAAUAAAUUUUAUCAAAUUUACUA